GAGGUAGAAGCGUUGGUCUCCCAUUGGAAUCUCUACAUCAACCUGGGAGGUUUCUUCGUUGGCCUCUUCUCCGUGACUCUCUUUGGACCAUGGAGCGACAGCGUAGGCCGCCGUCCAACGCUCGUCCUGCCGGCAGUGGGGAUGGCAGCGGCCAUCUAUCUUCUCGUCAUGUACCUGCAGUUGCCUGUCACCUACUUUCUUCUUGGACGUCUCUUGAGUGGCCUCAUGGGAGACUACAACCUGAUCCUGGCCAGCUGCUUCGCCUACGUGGCUGACACCAGCGACAAACACGCACGUACAUUUCGUGUCGCCAUCCUCGAGGCGUUUGCGGCCAGCCUUGCCGCCGCUCUCUACGCUGCUUUUUGCCUUAAGGAGUCGGUGAAGCAGCAGAAAGCAGCCAAGCUGUUCACACUCAGUCAUUACAAGGCUGUGUACAGGUUAUACACGGCCCCAGAACACCUCAGCUCUAGGCGGAAGCUCGCCCUUUACUCCUUGGCUUUCUUUCUCCUUGUCACUGUCCAUUUUGGAAGCAAAGACCUCUUUGUUUUGUAUGAGCUCGGCUCCCCUCUGUGCUGGACCUCUGUCCUCAUUGGGUACGGCUCCGCUGCCAGUUACCUGGCGUACCUGAGCAGCCUGGGAGGGCUGCGGCUGCUGCAGCUCUGCCUCGAAGACACCUGGGUGGCAGAGAUAGGCUUGAUCUCCAACAUUUCUGGACUGGUUGUGAUUUCUCUUGCUACUACAACACCACUGAUGUUUACAGGUUAUGGGAUUCUCUUCCUUUCCAUGGCAGCCACUCCAGUCAUCAGAGCCAAGCUCUCCAAGCUGGUCAGCGAGACAGAGCAGGGUGCUCUCUUUGCCUCUGUUGCCUGUGUGGAAGGGCUGUGUUCACUUGUGGCCACAGGAGUGUUCAACUCGCUCUACCCUGCCAGCUUGCACUUCAUGAGGGGAUUCCCAUUUCUCUUCGGGGCUAUGAUUCUUCUCAUUCCAGCAGCUAUUAUCGGGUGGAUAGAAACCUGGGAGUCACAGCAGGACUACAGUCACUUCUCAGCCGCUUCCCUGUCCUCUGCAGAUGGCUCAGCAGCAACUUAGCCACAAGGAACUGACCACCUGGGCAGUGUCCAUCUAAAGAGUCCUCUUUAUUCUUCUCUUGAAGGACAGAUUAAUGUGGGAGGGACACCU